GUCCGGCCGCUCUGGCGCUCGGGGCCUGGCUUCUGCUAGGGGCAUCUCCGGUCUGGGCGAGGGCGGUCGGCGCGGAGGUGUCUGAGCGGCCCUGGGUAGCGCCAGGGCCCCGAGAGCGCGCGGAGGGCGCGUGGAGUGUGGAGAGCCCGCGUGUGGUGGGAGAACGGCAGGGGAGCGUGGGAGGCCCCCGCGGAAACGCGCGUGGUGGGGUCCAGGCUCCACGGGUCGCCGCGGAAGGGUGGCCGCGUGGAUAAAGAAGGCCUUAACGACUUGCAGAGCCCAUGCUUCCAGCAGCAGUGUUACAUGCCUCCCCUUCAGUCUGGAAGCAAAAGCAGAGUGAAUAUCCACUUGCGAUACACAUUGCUACCUGAACUAAGAGGGCUUUCUGGAAGUCCCACACUCUGUGUCUGCUGCCAUAGACCUCUUGAGAUCCAGGCACAGAAGUCUCAGUGUUGCUGUGACAAGCAGGCUGGUCACAUUCCAUUACAAUCUUCCCUCUCCCUGCAAUUUUGCCUGCCUCCUUGGGACAAACUCAGAGAUCCAAUGAUAGCCAUCAAGCAGCUCCUUCCUGAUGGACCUCAGGUCUCGGUUUCGUUCGAGGACGUGGCUGUGCUCAUCUCCCGGGAGGAGUGGGGCUGUCUGGGCCCUGCUCAGAGAUGCCUCUACAGGGAUGUGAUGCUGGAAACCUAUAGAAAUCUGGUCUCGCUGGGCCUUCAAGGUUCCAAACCUGAUGUCAUCUCCAGGCUGGAGAAGGGGGAAGAACCCUGGGCCCCACACUCCCUGAGAAUUGAGGAAGGCUGGAUCCGGAGUCAUAGGAGUGAAAGUUUUGAAUCUCAAAUGGAAAAGAAGGAAUUACCUCCAAAGCAGGAAUUUUCUAAAGCAAUGAAGUCCCAGGGAGCAAAAUCAGAAGAACCUGUAAGAAAUAUAUCCAAGGAAUAUAAUUUUGAAGAGAUGUAUAAAAGUGAGGGAAAGAUAAAGAAUUACUGGAAAAAAUCUGCAGUGGAAGGAUUUAAGAAAUCCUUAUCCCAGAAGAACAAUUCCAAGCCAGUGACAUUGACACAUGUGAAAACCCCUACUGGGGGAGAAGGCCAGAUACCCAGUUCCAUGGAGGUUAACUGCACUGCGGACCCAAACCCUGUCGGAUUUCAUAGAGGCUCUAGAGGGGAGAGUCUCCACCAGAGUGUGCCAUGUGUAGAUGACUUUCAACAAACUCAGGACCUCAUUAAUCUCCCAUAUUUCCAUCUAGAAGAAAGAUCGUGUCAGACUGAUGUGUUUGUGGAAGUGGCCAGGCACAGUACAAUUCUUGGAGAAAAUCAGAGAAUUAUCAAUCCAAAGAAAUCCAUUCAGUGUACUGAGGGUGGAAAACCUUUCAGCCAGAGUAGAGCUCUUUCUCAACAUCAGAGAAGUCACACUGGAGAGAAGCCCCACACCUAUGCUGAGUGUGGCAGAGCUUCCAGGGCUUGUUCCUACUUCAUUCAGCACCAUAACAUUCACACUGGGGAAAGACCUUAUGAAUGCAGUGAAUGUGGAAAAGCUUUCAGUGCCCAUUCAUCUUACAGUCAACAUCUUAAAAUUCAUACUGGGGAGAAACCUCAUGAGUGUAAUCAGUGUGGGAAAGCCUUUAGUCAUAGCUCGAACCUGAUUCAUCAUCAGAGAACUCAUAGUGGAGAGAAACCUUACAAGUGUAAGGAAUGUGGGGAGGCUUUCAGUAGACAGUCACACCUCCUUCAGCAUGAGAGAGCUCAUUCUGGAGAGAAACCUUAUGACUGUACUGACUGUGGCAAAGCCUUCAGUGCACGAUUAUCUCUCAUUCACCAUCAGAGGAUUCACACAGGAGAAAAACCCUAUGAAUGCAGUGAAUGUGGGAAAUCCUUUAGCCUGAACCGAACUCUUAUUGUUCAUCAGAGAAUUCAUACUGGAGAAAAGCCCUAUAGGUGUAAUGAAUGUGGGAAAUCCUUCAGUCAACGUUACCAAGUCAUUCAGCACAAGAGAAUUCACACUGGUGAGAAGCCUUAUAUAUGCAAUGAGUGUGGAAAAUCAUUCAGUGCUCGCCUGUCUCUUAUCCAGCAUCAGAGAAUUCACACUGGGGAAAAACCUUAUGGAUGUAAUGAGUGUGGGAAGACAUUCAGUCAAAAGGGACAUCUGAUUCAGCAUCAGCGAAUUCACACUGGAGAGAAACCCUAUGAGUGCAGUGAGUGUGGAAAAGCCUUCAGCCAGAGUUUUAAUCUCAUUCAUCAUCAAAGGACACACAGUGGUGAGAAGCCCUAUGAAUGUAAUGAGUGUGAUAAAGCCUUCAGUGUGCUCUCUUCCCUUGUUCAGCAUCAGAGAGUCCAUAAUGGUGAGAAGCCCUAUGAGUGUCACAAAUGUGGGAAGGCUUUUAGCCAGGGCUCAAACCUCAUUCAGCAUCAGAGGAGCCACACUGGAGAGAAACCCUAUGAGUGUAAUGAGUGUGGGAAAACCUUUGGGCAGAUAUCCACACUGAUUAGGCAUGAGAGAACACACAAUGGAGAGAAGCCCUAUGAGUGUGGAGACUGUGGAAAAGCCUUCAGCCAGAGUGCACACCUUGUCCGCCAUCGAAGGAUUCACACUGGAGAGAAUCCCUAUGAGUGCAGUGACUGUGGGAAGGCCUUUAAUGUCCGCUCCUCUCUCGUCCAGCAUCACCGAAUUCAUACAGGGGAGAAGCCUUAUGAAUGUGAGAAGUGCGGCAAGGCCUUCAGUCAGCAUUCACAAUUUAUUCAGCAUCAGAGGAUUCACACUGGAGAGAAGCCCUAUAUGUGCAAUGAAUGUGAGAAAGCCUUCAGUGCACGCUUGUCCCUUAUCCAACACAAGAGAAUUCACACAGGAGAGAAACCCUACAAAUGCACUGAAUGUGGAAAAUCCUUUCGACAAAGCUCUCACCUUAUUCGUCAUCAGAGAGUUCACAGUGGAGAACGACCUUAUAUGUGUAAUGAAUGUGGGAAAACUUUUAGUCAGAGAAUAACUCUUACUAGUCAUGAGAAAAUUCACGCUGGAGAGCAAGCCUAUAAGUGCCUUAAUUGUGGGGCCCUCUUUAGUGCACAGGCAGCUUUCAUUCAGCAUCGCAAAGUUCACAAUGGAGAAUAACUCCGCUUUAUUCAAUAAAGUCUUCACUGUUUUACAUCAGAAGCAGUAUACUGAUGGGAAAAUUGUCACUUUUACAGCUUUCAUUUUGGAGGUCCAUCUCUCCAGUGAUUUCACAGUCUCCCAGUACACUGUUAACUAAAGGUAGGCUGCCCAAUUAUGUGCUAAAAAUUCCAAGGUCACACGCCUUCCCUCAGAUUCAGAGGGUGGCCCUGUGCUUGAGUAGUUUAAAUAAGCACAGUUUAAAUAUCCUUAUUUAAAAUCACUUUUUCAUAGCACCAGACCUUAAGGUGCAGUGAGGAUUUUAUAGGGCCACUUGCUUUUCUUCCCUUGUUAUCGUGUUUCAGGUUUAAGAAAAGUUAACUGGAAUCCUUGCACUUUCAACUGUGAUAGAGCCAGGUUGGGAUGUCCUUGUUUGCUGGUUUGGGCCUCUUCAAAAUGCUUUCGAUAAAGUAGACACAGAGUGGCAUAUGGAAUAUGACUUAACACAUUUUGUUCUCAAAACCAAGAUUGGUGUAUUCCAUAUCAGUUUCUCAGGGGGAGAAGACAAGCGGUCAUAACUGUCUCCUCUUACUGGGCAGCCUGGCACUGAACAGACUCUGGUGAGGAGUGGCAGGUCCUUCUGCUGCCAGAGGACAGAACUCCAGGUGAGGCAGGAUAAUAAAGCAGCUUUUAGUAGGUAGUUAAUUGUGCAGGAUGUCAGCCUAGGAACUCUUGUAUGCCUGCUUUAAAGGUGCCUUUUGUCCUCCAGAGUGACAUUGGUCAGCAAGGUUUCAGUGUCUUUUGAUUCUUGAUGUUUGAGAAGACAAAUAUCUUGGGAGCCCUGUAUUCCUAAACCCAGUUUUCAGAGUUGCCAUCCUUGCCUGCAGUGCUUCUGUCCCAGGCUCACUUAUAAAAUUUUUUAGUAUUUUUUUUUAUUUUUGAGAGAGAGAGAGAGACAGCAUGAGCAGGGAGGUUCAGAGA